AUGACGACUUCGCUGCUCCUCCACCCGCGGUGGCCGGAGAGCCUCAUGUACGUCUAUGAGGACAACUCGGCGGAGAGCAGCGCCGGACCGGGAGGCGGCGGCGGCGGCGGCGGAGGAGGAGGAGGAGGAGGAGGAGGAGGAAGCGGAGGAGGAGGCGGAAUCAGCCCCAGCAAAACCCCCCUCAUGGACGGGCUGGGCGGCAGCUGCUCCUCCGGCCACUGCCGGGACCUGCUCUCCCACCCGGUGCUGGGCCGCCCCCCGGCCCCGCUGGGCGGCCACCAGGGCCCCGUCUACACGGACAUCACGGCCCCGGAGGCGGCCCGCCAGUGCCCGCCCCCGUCGGCGCCCCCCACGUCUUCCAGCGCCGGCCUGGGCUACGGCUACCCCUUCGGGGGCAGCUACUACGGCUGCCGCUUAUCGCACAAUGUGAAUCUGCAGCAGAAGCCGUGCGCCUAUCACCCGGGAGACAAAUUCCAGGAGCCGUCGGGACCCCUGGCGGGCGAGGAGCUGUCCUGCCGGGCGAAGGAGUUCGCCUUCUACCCGAGCUUUGCCAGCUCCUACCAGGCCGUGCCCGGUUACUUGGACGUGUCUGUGGUGCCCGGCAUCAGCGGGCACCCAGAGCCGCGCCACGACGCCCUGAUCCCGGUGGAGGGCUAUCAGCACUGGGCUCUUUCCAACAGCUGGGAUAGUCAGGUGUACUGCUCCAAAGAGCAGAGUCAGUCCGCUCACCUCUGGAAAUCGCCGUUCCCAGAUGUGGUCCCUCUGCAGCCCGAGGGGAGCAGCUACCGGCGGGGCCGGAAGAAACGUGUUCCCUAUACCAAGAUCCAACUGAAGGAGCUGGAGAAAGAAUACGCGGCCAGCAAGUUCAUCACCAAAGAAAAGAGGCGGCGGAUCUCGGCGACCACGAACCUGUCGGAGCGCCAGGUCACCAUCUGGUUCCAGAACCGACGCGUCAAAGAGAAGAAAGUGGUCAGUAAAUCGAAAGCGCCUCACCUGCACGCCACCUGA